AUGAAAGAAUAUAAAGUCGUAGUUCUUGGUCCCGGCGGCGUCGGUAAAUCGGCAUUAACAGUACAACUUUGUCAUUCAAAAUUUGUUGAAAAAUAUGAUCCUACUAUAGAAGAUUUCUAUCGUAAAGAAAUCGAAGUCGAUGGUGAACCUGCUUAUUUAGAAAUUCUCGAUACCGCUGGUACUGAACAAUUUGCAUCUAUGCGCGAUCUUUAUAUAAAGAAUGGUCGCGGUUUCCUUGUUGUAUUUAGUCUAACAUCUUGGCAAUCAUUUCUUGAUGUUCGAACUGUUCGAGAACAAAUUCUUCGUGUUAAAGGCACAGAAAAUGUUCCAAUAUGUCUCGUCGGAAAUAAAUGUGACGCAUCAUUACAACGUCAAGUAACACCCGAUGAUGCACUUGCAUUAGCCCAAGCAUGGAGUUGUCCAUAUGUUGAAACAUCAGCAAAAUUAGCAAUUAAUGUUAAUGAUACAUUUGCUGAAAUCGUACGAGAAAUUAAUGCAAGAAUGAAAGCAAAAAAGCCCAAAACUAAAAACAAGCGAAGACAUCGAUCAUGUUUUCGUCUCUGUUGUUGUUAUUCAUCGCCGUGA